AUGGAGGUGGCUUUGGUAGCUCUGACCACGACCCUUCAGCCCAAAAACUUCCUAUACCCUUUGGGGAAGAAGUCGUCGGCUGAUAUUGGAGAAUUGAUGGCCAGAGAACAAAAGUACAUCAAUCUUGGAGAAAUGAUGGACACCAGGGGAAAUCACAUCGAGCUGAAAAGGAAAGGUAAUAGUCGGGAGACGGGAAAACCCUCUAAACCCACAAAGAGACAGGAGACCAGUACCCUGCUCACCAACUCUAAGAUGAGAGGGCAGUCCAGUAAGUUCUCCACCUAUACACCUCUAAACGCACCGCAGUCUGAUGUGUUAAUGCAUAUAAGGAAUAAGAACUAUGUAUCAUGGCCCAAACCUAUGUGGACCCCUUCAUAUAAACGCAACAUGUUGAAGUUCUGUAAAUUCCAUAGGGAUCAUAAGCACGAUACAGAGGAGUGUAUUCAAGUAAAGAACGAGAUUGAAGCCUUAAUCAAAAGGGGAUACUUGUCGAGAUUCAUAAAGAAGGAAGAUCGGCAAGGGGAACCUCGUGAACAGAUUGGACCUAAUGGGGAUGAGAAGGAAGAACAGAUCAUAGGGGAAAUUGUGGUGAUCUUUAGAGGAUCUGCUAGUGAUGGAGAGAGUGAAGGAGCUCGCAAAAGAUAUGCUAAGUAG